UUAAUAUUCACAAGAUUGUUACAUCUAUAUCUACAUACAAAUCCUGCCAACAUCCCAAAAACCAGUCACCAGUGUACCACUCUCAGAUUUCACCAACUGAAAUCCAAAAACCGCAAAUAUAUCCAAACAAAGAUGUUCUACGACCUCCUCACCAUCCCCGACCCACGCCCUUCAAAAGCGCACCCCGAUCACCGCGCAACACGCAAAGCAAUCGAAGAAGAAUUACCAUACUUCGACGCCAAGGACCUCGGUCUGAAAGCCGGCGUGCUGGCGCUCAUGUUGGGUAUUGCUUGUUACCCGAGGAUAAAAUCGGAGCAUGAUGCAUUAGAAAAGAUUGAGAAAGAGAAAAAGAAACAGAAAAUUGAGUUGGGGAAAGGGAGGAGGGAGAGGAGGAGGAGUGAGGGGUAUGAGAACAGGGAUAGGAGGACUAGUGAUGGGUAUGAGAGUUCAAGGAGAAUGAGCGAGGCAGGUGAGAGGAGGAGAAGUGCGGGAUGGGAGAGAGAUGGAUAUGGGAAUGGGUAUAGGGAGAGGGAAGGAAGGUCGAGACGUCGUUGAGAGGUAAAGACUGCUUGGGUUUGUUUUUAAUUACGAUGAGAUUUAGCGAAUACCUUGGGGCAGGAGUUUGGAGUUAACGAACAUGGUUUGAUAUCUGUAAGAUAGUUUACCUUCGAUGAGGAUCCCACAGUCUUAAUUGUAGAAAUUCGCCUCUUGUAAUGAAGCUUGAUCG